UACAACGAAAGCACGUGCUUUUGUCCUGCGUCGACAAUGGUUGACGACAUUUUCAUCGAGAUCUCGAAAGAGAAUCGACGUCGUAUGUAGGCUCGUCGUCGAUAGCACAGUGAAUCGGGAGAGCGAGGCCGAGCUAGUUGGCCGAGCAAAAGGGAAAACACUGCCGUGUUGUGCAGCUCUAAUGAGAGAUGGCGACGCGGUUUGUUUUCCUUUCUUGGUUGGCACGUAUUCAAAGAGCAGCCGGUUAUAUAUGCUCUCUCUGUCUACAUACGCGCGUAUUACCGUUUCAGAAUCAUGCGUCCUCCGUUAAAUCUAUGUUUGUAGCUUCUACCACAGCGGUGAUGGCAUGUGCUCGACGUACACUCUUCCCCCUCCCCUUUGCUCGCUGGUCAAGACUGAAACCAGGACUAGAUCUUACAAUUAGUACGCAUCAGAAUCCCCCGACUACGAGAAGUUUUCACGUCGGAUCGUAUAUCCUUUCGUAAGUUCCGCGUUCAGGACGGCUUCUUCAUCAUGACGCAGAUCUCUCAGCACGCGAAAUUUCGAUGUAGUCACGAGGAUUUUUCCCUUCCAUUUUGUGGAUGCCUACAGGGACCGAGAAUCUCACUUGCCGGUUCAUUCAGCUACGAAAGGAAAAUGGGAAACUCUUUACCGGUCGCAAAUAUUCAGCCCAAGCUGGAUGGCAGUAUAUUCUGCAACAGAUGCGAGAUGAAUUCCCUACCAUAAUGGCCAACGUGCAUUACAAAGUACUGAAAAAGAAAUGGUCGAACCUGUUGCAGCAGUACAAAACCAGCGAUUUGUUAAAGGAGCUGAAGAAUCCGGUACACGGGGACAGAAAUAAGGCAGACGACGUGUCGUGGCCGUUUUACAACGCGAUCGACGAGAUUCUUGGAUACGAUCAGGGAUCUACGCUGACCAACGACGUGUACAUCGAUCCCCACGAGUUCCUCUGCGUCUCAGUGACACCGGAGGAGAUCACCUCGUCCGUGGACGCGCUUCCUGCGCCGUCUGCCCCGGAAAUCGAGCGUCGAACCAACGAUUCACUUCCGGAACAGCGGUUAAGCACACUCGGCGCUAAUUGCUCGAUUGAGAUCCAGAAAGUACGACCUAAUGCCAGCAGACGUGGCGGUCACUGCGAAAAGCAGACGAGCAAAAACUCGGCGAGGAAGAAACGAGUUACGCGGAACGUCGCGAUGCCCCGGCCACCACGUGCCACGGAGCUAACAAUCGAGAAAGUAACGUCGGAGGCGGAUUGUUCCAAAGAUUUAUUCAGAUUACGUGGAAGGAACGUCUCGUUCGAUCGAGAAGACAAAGAGAGAUCGCAGCGUGACGAGAUUCGGCCGAGAAAGUCGCGGAAAAGCCGUGCGGCAGCAUUGUUGUACUCGGACGAGUCACGAGCCGAUCGUCGCAUCGAGCAGAUUUUUGAAUACAUCAAAAAACGAGACGAAGAGAACAGGUCCAUCAUGGUGCGAGUGAUGCACGCCGUGGAGAACAUCGCCAAUAAGUUGUGACCAUUGUUGUGGAUAUAAAAAAAAAAAGGAGGAUGAAAUUGUAUCCGAUCACAUUCUUUAAAGAUUCACAAUAUUCGCGGUAAGAUAUAUAUACCACUUUUAUUUAUAUUUUUCGUUAAAAGUUGGAACGUGGAGAACGUGCUGAAGAUGUGUUCGAGAUGAAUGGGGAUUUCUUGAGAGCAAAUAUCUUUGGAGAAAUUUAAAAUGAGAAACGUAAAAUUAUCAGCGAGCGUAAAGUUUUGUAUUGUAGAUUAAACAUUGAACAGAAACUUGAAUUUUAUACCGAUCAUAAAACGAAGAUCGAGUUUAAUAUAUACGAAGGACGUUUUCUGAGAUGAUUUAUCAUUGAAUUGAAAAUUGGAAAUUUAAAGAGAGUUGUACAACCUUAUAAAACAAAUCCGAUAGAAAUAAAAGGAUUUCGAAUUAA